GUCGACGCCAGAGAGAAGAGAGAAGGAAUUUGAAGAGCGAGAAUGGCGAGGCGUCUGAGAAGGGCGUUCGCCUGCAGACAACGAGUUCGUCUCGGAGAUCACCUACGAGGGUGGGCGCCAGAAAGAGGGAAAAAACGCCGCGAGCGCGUCGAUGCCACUUUCUCUGGGAAGCCUCGGAAAGCGAGAAGUCCAAAUGCGUGGUUGCGGAAAACCGGACGACAGCGUUCGCCCAGCGACGGACAGGCGAGCGUGAAACUGUGGAAAACGGAAACUCUGGGAAAACCCGGUCGAUCAACGCCCAUGCGUCGACCUUCUCCGGGUGUACAUACACCGCAGAUCCACGAGGAGGCCACGGGAGAAAAACGUCGAGUGUCUGUACAGCGCGAAGCCGCGAGGUGGACAGCGCGGAAAGGAGAGGUCUUCGCCGAGGAGAGGCUGUCGCAAGCUCGGAGAGGACGGCUUCGUGAGGGAUCGGAGAGAGGAAGCAGAGUGGAGGAGCGGGAAGGAAACGAGAGAAAGAAGGAAAAAGUAUAGAUGUGCGAAAACGGAGACGGAGACGGACGGAGAAUUCGAGACAGAGGGGCGGCCCCAACACAAGAUCGUCGCGGGACGCGUAAAGAGUCAGCCGAGGUCCGACGUUCUGACCCAGGAGGGGCGACAGCCGCGGGAAAGCAGAGAAGAAGAGAAA